UCAGGUUGCAGCUGAGCCAAGAUGAAGGUCAUUGCUGUUCUUGCACUUUGGGCAACCCUGUUCUACCACGGAUACAGCAACUCCCUGGACACAUGUCAGGGUCGUUGUGGUUAUGGAACAGACAAUAGUUUCUCCUGUCAGUGUAACCCAUCCUGUGAGCGCUACAACGACUGUUGCAACGACUACGUUGAAAUAUGUAAAGCUGGAGCCACCUCUUGUAAAGGCAGAUGUGGUGAGACAUACAACUCUCAGAACGAGUGCCACUGCAACUCCAAGUGCGCCAAGUACAAUAACUGCUGCAGCGACUUUGCAGACCUCUGUGACAGUGAUGGAGGAGGUGGUGGUAGUGGUGUGAUCACUGAUGCUGAAAUCAAGUCUCUCUCUGAGACACUCUAUGCUCUGGAUUCAAACAAGGCUUCAGCCUCACAGUUGGUCAUUGACCCUCAGGCUCUAGUGCCCGACUCUCAGACCAGCUCCCAGUCAGAUCUCUCCCCUGGACUCUUGUUCCGAUAUCUGGAUGAGGAGACUCUGUUCUCCAGACCCACCUACGCUGCACUCCUGGCUGUGCUGGACAACUACCACAGGAUGACUGGACAGACAGAGGAUUUCAGUCCUCAGCAGCUGGCUGAGCAGGAAACCUUCGUCAAGGAGACCAUGUCUAACACUGAGCUGGGCAGAGAGCUGUUUGCUUUCCUCUACACCAAGGGCGUCUAUGCAACAGAGGAAGAGUUUAUUCACGACCUGAAGAUGAUGUGGUUUGGUUUGUACUCUCGCAACAACAAGAAGAUGGACUCCAGUGGCUUUGAACACAUCUUUGCAGGAGAGAUCAAGGGAGGAAAGGUGUCUGGUUUCCACAACUGGAUCCAGUUUUAUCUUCUCGAGAAAAGAGGACAGCUGAACUACUACAGCCACAGCUUCAACGGGCCUUGGACCACUUACCCUGAUGUCAUGGGGAUGCAGUUCAUGUGGGAGGGGUACUUCAAGCAGGUCGGUUCUGCAGUCAUUGGCUGCAGCCCUGAAUUUGACUUUGCCUUAUACAGCCUCUGCUACAUCACUCGCCCUGGAAAACAGUGUCGUCUGAGCCUGGGAGGGAAAGAGCUCAUUAUCCAAACUUACACCUGGGAUAAUUCUUUCUAUGGUGAUGGGAAAAAGUUCAUCGGCUCUGCCUUUCCUGCAACCCCCAGGAGCUGAAACCGCUCUGUCCAACUAUAAGCAACUCACGGACGCGGCUGCUUUUGUUUCAUUAGAAACAUUUUGAAAAAUGUAAUUAAACUCUAAAAUUCAGUUUAAAAGUUAAGAAAUAUGAGGUGAUAUAGAGGUAUCACAAGAAGCAGCAAGCUUGUUGUCAUUCAUAUUUCAA